UACCCCUACAUUUAAAUAAUUGAAGCUUCACCUAAUCCCCUCCCCUCCAACUCAAUUAUGUACGUUGCCGUCUCAAUAAUGUAUAGGAUUCUCAAAUCCAAGUCAACCCUUAGACUUUUUAGAGAGAGAAAGAGACAAGGUGAAGAUAUGGAUGCUCAUGAGUUGAAAAGGAGGGCUGCAGACUAAAGUCUGAUCCUAUAUCUCUGGCCUCAAAUACAAGAUCUCAUUGUCCAUAUGGCUGCAAAUUCAUCUUAUCUCCCCGCUUGGGGUACAACCUCUACUUCCAUAAUCAAUGCUUCCCUAAUCCUUCUUGUUUUGUUCCUCAUAAUCCACAUCAAAAGCAAAAGCAAAUCACGAAACAAAAUUCUGAAUCUUCCUCCGGGCAGUUACGGGUGGCCAAUUCUUGGUGAAACAAUGGCAUUCCUCCGUGGAAGUAUUGAUGGAUCACCAGAAAAGUUUGUUAAAGAAAGAAUGGACAAGUACAAGACGCAGGUCUUCAAAACAUCCCUCUUGGGGGAGUCUGUUGCUGUGUUACGCGGACCUGCUGGAUAUAAGUUUUUGUUCAGCAACGAAAAUAAGUUGGUCACAGUUUGGUGGCCCAGUUCUGUGAGGGAGCUACUUGGGACAUGCUUAGCCACAACUGGAGGGACUCAAGCGAUACAAAUGAGAAAGAUGGUGUCUUAUUUUGUUAGUCCUGAUGUGUUUACCAAACGAUACAUCAAAGUUAUGGAUAUUGUAUCUCAACAACAUAUACAGACUCACUGGCAAGGUAAAGAGGAGCUAAAGGUCUUCCCAGCAAUCAAAUUAUAUACAUUUGAACUGGCCUGUAGAUUGUUUAUGAGCGUUGAAGAACCAACACAGAUUAAAAGGCUUUCUGCUCUCUUCAACAUUUUCUUGGGUGGAAUCAUCUCUAUACCUCUCAACUUCCCAGGUACAAGAUUCUAUAAAGCAAAGAGGGCUACGGCUGCUAUUAAAAAGGAACUCCAAGUAAUACUGAGACAGAGGAAAGAGCGCUUGGGACAACAAGAUACUGUAGCUUCGGAAGAUCUUUUGUCGCAUUUGCUUGCCUGCCCUGAUGAAAAUGGGAAGUUCAUGUCUGAAUCAGAUAUCAUAAAUAAUAUAUUAUUGCUACUCUUUGCUGGACAUGACACUUCAAGUUCUGCCAUAACGAUGCUGAUAAAAACUCUUGCAGAACAUCCUGAAGUCUAUGACAAAGUGUUAAGAGAGCAAAGUGAAAUUGCAUCAUCAAAAGAAGCUGGGGAAUGUCUUCAAUGGGAGGAUAUACAGAAGAUGAAGUACACAUGGAAUGUAGUUUCUGAAACACUGAGACUAUGGCCACCUGUAGUUGGUGCCUUUAGAGAAGCAUUGGUAGAUAUAAAAUAUGGAGGUUAUGACAUUCCAAAGGGAUGGAAGUUUUACUGGAACACAUCGUCGACCCAUACAGAUUCUAGCCUCUUUACAGACAGCACCAAUUUUGAUCCCUCAAGAUUCGAUGGUGCUGGUCCUAUUCCAUAUUCUUUUGUUCCGUUUGGUGGAGGACCUCGAAUGUGCCUAGGAAAAGAGUUUGCUCGCUUGGAGAUACUCACAUUUCUACACAAUGUUAUUGGACAGUUUAAGUGGAAUUUACUGAUUCCAGGUGAAAAAAUCAUAUGCGACCCCAUUCCCACACCUGAGGAAGGACUGCCAAUCCGUCUUCACCCACAUAAAGCCUAAGAUGAUAUGUUUAUUUUAUGGAGGCAGUUUGUAUUUACCGACUUUUACUGUUGGACUUGUUCCUAGUUAGUUGAAUAAAAUCAUGAGAAAACAGUAUGCCUUAAGCUAUGUAAAGUAUUUGGUAUGAUUAUAAAUAAAGAGGAAUUCAUUCAACA